CAAGAAAGAGAUAGUAGUUGAUGGACAAAGCUAUCUGCUGCUGAUUAGAGAUGAAGGAGGCCCUCCAGAGGCACAGUUUGCCAUGUGGGUGGAUGCUGUUAUAUUUGUCUUCAGCUUGGAAGAUGAAAUUAGCUUCCAGACUGUUUACCACUACUACAGCCGUAUGGCUAACUAUCGUAACACUAGUGAAAUUCCAAUGGUACUAGUGGGAACCCAGGAUGCUAUAAGUUCCAGUAAUCCACGUGUCAUAGACGAUGCCAGAGCAAGGAAGUUAUCAAAUGAUCUCAAGAGGUGCACUUACUACGAAACCUGUGCCACUUACGGACUCAAUGUGGAGAGAGUCUUCCAAGAUGUUGCUCAGAAGAUUGUUGCAACAAGGAAGAAACAGCAACUCUCAAUUGGACCCUGCAAAUCUCUACCAAACUCUCCAAGCCACUCAUCCGUGUGUUCUGCCCAGGUUUCUGCUGUACAUAUCAGCCAGUCUCGGAAAGGGAGUGACCCAGACAAAGAGAAGAAGGUCCUGGAGAGCAGAACAGAUAGCAUUGGAAGCGGUCGCGCAAUCCCAAUUAAACAGGGUAUGCUGCUAAAGCGAAGUGGCAAGUCAUUGAAUAAAGAGUGGAAGAAGAAAUAUGUGACGUUGUGCGACAACGGUGUGCUGACCUAUCAUCCUAGUUUACACGACUAUAUGCAGAACGUUCACGGGAAAGAAAUAGACUUGCUGAGAACCACUGUGAAAGUCCCCGGGAAGAGGCCACCCCGAGCUACGUCAGCUUGUGCACCCAUUUCCAGUCCCAAAACAAAUGGCCUCUCCAAGGACAUGAGCAGUUUACACAUCUCGCCGAAUUCAGGGAACGUGACUACUAGCACAUCUGUGUCUCAGAUGGCAAGUGGGAUCAGUCUAGUCUCCUUCAACAGUCGUCCGGAUGGUAUGCAUCAGCGCUCUUACUCGGUCUCCAGUGCAGAUCAGUGGAGUGAGGCAACAGUCAUUGCAAACUCUGGCAUUAGCAGUGAUACUGGGUUAGGAGAUUCUGUGUGUUCAAGCCCAAGUAUAUCCAGUACGACGAGCCCCAAACUCGAUCCACCUCCUUCACCUCAUGCCAACAGAAAGAAACACCGCAGGAAGAAAAGCACGAGCAAUUUCAAAGCUGAUGGUAUCUCGGGCACAGCUGAAGAACAAGAAGAUAACUUUGAGUUUAUCAUUGUCUCUCUCACCGGCCAGACUUGGCACUUUGAAGCUACCACAUAUGAAGAAAGAGAUGCGUGGGUACAAGCCAUAGAGAGUCAGAUCUUGGCCAGUUUACAGUCAUGUGAGAGCAGCAAGAACAAGUCCCGCCUGACGAGUCAGAAUGAGGCCAUGGCCCUUCAGUCCAUAAGGAACAUCAGAGGCAAUUCCCACUGCGUGGACUGUGACGCACAGAACCCUGACUGGGCCAGCUUGAAUCUGGGAGCUCUCAUAUGUAUCGAAUGCUCAGGUAUACACCGGAACCUUGGCACACACCUCUCCCGGGUCCGCUCUCUUGACCUGGAUGACUGGCCUAUAGAGCUCAUCAAGGUGAUGUCUUCUAUCGGGAACGAGCUGGCAAACAGUGUCUGGGAGGAGAGCAGCCAAGGCCAUAUGAAACCUUCGUCAGACUCCACAAGGGAAGAAAAAGAGCGCUGGAUACGUGCAAAAUACGAGCAGAAGCUCUUCCUUGCCCCGCUGCAGUGCCUGGAGCUUUCUCUGGGCCAGCAUCUCCUGAGGGCUACAGCUGAGGAGGACUUGCGGAUGGUCAUCCUGCUCCUUGCCCACGGGACUCGGGAAGAGGUGAACGAGACCUGCGGAGAUGGUGAUGGGCGCACUGCCCUCCACUUGGCAUGCAGGAAAGGAAACGUGGUGUUAGUGCAGCUCUUGAUUUGGUAUGGUGUCGACGUGAUGGCACGCGAUGCCCAUGGCAACACGGCGUUGGCCUAUGCCCGGCAGGCCUCCAGCCAGGAGUGCAUUGAUGUUCUCCUCCAGUACGGCUGCCCCGAUGAGCGCUUCGUCCUCAUGGCCACUCCAAACUUGUCCAGGAAGAACAAUAACCGAAACAACAGCAGUGGAAGGAUGCCCACCAUCAUCUGAGGAGCUCACUUGUGCAUUUGCUGACCUGAAUUACAUACGCAGCCUCACAUUCCUCCAUCCCCAUCACAGCUCUGCUCUGUGAGUCUGGUAACUCUCCUUUUCCCUUUUCCCUUCGGUACAUCCCUGUCCCAUCCGGAAACGGCACAUCUGGAGAGCACAAGGGGAUGAGAAGGAGCGAAAGGGGCUGCAGAGAAAGCAGUUGUUUCAGUGAAAGCUCUCGAAUGAUCGAAACAAGCGGGCGAGAGCGUGUGGGUUGAGCAGGACACGCUGCGCAUGGCACCGGGACCAUGGGAGAGCGGUCGUCCCCAGGGGGGGA